GUGUUGUUAUUGUCGCGCGCAAAGCUUAAUAACUCACCGGAUUUAAUGUUGUAGCAACCAGGUGUGAGGAACCGCAGAUAAAGUUUAUUUAUUACCUGUAACACUUUUUAAACGUUUCGGUCUCGUUGGAAAACGAACCCCAAAGCAGAAGAUGAUUAUCUUCAUCUAAGUAACAGAAUAUUUAAGAAGAAAAACAUAUUGAUAAUAACGACUGAGAUGGACGACAUCCGUGAGGGAAACGAAAGUUUGUGCGCUGACGACCGAGAAAGUGUCCCAGGGACCAACAUCACCUGUGCAGAGCAUUCACUACCACUGAGGGAGCUGUAUCCUUAUAUUCGUUGUGCUCUCUGCAAUGGCUUCUUUAUUGAUGCCACCACCAUCACUGAAUGCCUUCAUACAUUCUGUAAAAGUUGCAUCGUCAAGCACUUCUUCUGCAGCAACAGGUGUCCCAACUGUAGCAUCAUUGUUCAUCAAACACAACCACUAUACAAUAUAAGACCUGACAGGCAGUUACAAGAUAUUGUUUAUAAGACUGUUCCAUAUUUGGAGGAAGUGGAGAGAGCACAAAUGUGUGCGUUUUACAAAGAGAGAGGACUGCCAAUCCCAAAAUCAGCAGCUCCAAGUAUGCUUCCAAUAAAAUUUCUGAAACAGAAACCAAGAGACCACAUGCCACAGUCUGUUUUUACCAUUCCACCAGAGCUUGAUGUGUCGCUAAUGUUGGAUUUUGUUGGAGCUGAGGAGGGCAUUGAGAAUUAUAAGCCAUUGGAGAGAAAGUAUAUCCGUGUCUCAAGUGAAGCCACUAUUCGUCACGUGGAGCUCUUUAUCAGACGGAAGAUGGAAUUGAGUCCGAAUUUAAAGCAGGUGGAUGUUGUUUGUGGAGAGCAUAUCUUAGAGCAGUGUCAGUCUUUAAGAGAUGUACAAAGCUCAGUGGGAGAAAAUGCCCUACAGGAUGGAAUGCUGGUUUUACAGUUUGGUCUUGUGCUGCCUACUCAGUGAAUAGAAGACUGUGAUUUAUCUAAAUGCCUUGUUACAGGGAACAACUUAAGGGCUAUCCUGUACUUUGUGCGAAGCACACUGCUUACUCCUGCCUUCUGUUAAAAUGUUCUUAGUUUAACAGUUCUCUUCUGUUAACAAUUUUUAUGGAUUCUUUAGUUCUGUUUUGUAAUUUAUAGAAACACUAAACUUGACUGGAAAAAACCUAUGAGGUCUACAGCAUAAGAAAAACUGUGAAGACAAAAAUGAACUUUUGCAAAAAGUGAUGUACUUUUGUAAUGAUGCAGAUAAAAUGCAUCUGUUUUCCACCCAUUAAAUAUAUAUUUGAAUAUA